UAUCUUUAUUAAUAUGUUGAAUAUUUAGUAAAGUAAACUAAAGCGCAUGAACAAAGUGAUAACUGCUAAGCAGUUGAAAAAGAACUGAUGUCCUGUUAAAAUAUGGAAAGGAAACACCUAUACAAAACCGCGUCAGAAACGGUGGACAAACUUCGAACGAGAAAGCGAGAGGAACACAGUGAUUUAAGAAAAGAAAAACGUGAUAAACUCCUAAGUUUAAAACGAUUAAGAUAUGACGAAAGUAGUGAAGAUAGUAAACAUUUUAAUUUAACCGUCGAAGACGUUGUUUCUUUGUCCAGAACUAUACAAAAGCGUGGGUCAGAUAGUUUAGAUACUUUAAGAAAGUUGAAAAGAGGUUUUACUCAAGACAGCUUGAUUGUGGAUACGUUUGUGACCCAGGAUGGAGCCUUACAGUCUUUAGUUAGGUUAUUAACAGGCAUUGAUGUUGAUCUUCAAACUGAGGCUGCGUGGUGUUUCACUAAUCUCGCGGGAUCCACGCAAAAACAUGCAGUACGCAUUCUGAAAGCAAGCGGUGCUUACCUAAUCACAUACCUCAGAGGAAGCAACGUGUUACUACAGGACCUCUGUGCAUGGACACUGGGAAACCUUGCUGGAGAUUGUGAGGAGUGUAAAAAGAUCAUUAUGGAUCAAGGUGGUAUAAACCCCCUUGUUCACUUACUUAGAAGUUCGUUUUCAAACGUGGUGCAGUCAGCUUCAUUUGCUAUCUGCAACCUGGCUAGAAGUAACGAUGAACAAAUCUUUGAAGACUUGCGAAAAUCAGAAAUUGGCACAAUCGUUUUUAACCUUUGUAAAAAUAUCUCAACUUCACCCGAGGUGGUAACUGAAAUGGCCUGGAUUCUAACGUACAUGAGUGCAAGUACUGAGAGUGUAGAGUAUCUUUACUCCUGUGGUAUUAGCGUUGCAUUUGUUGUACAAUUAUUGGUGAAGUGUAUUGAAUUUCCUGACUCCGUUCAAGUUGUUACACCACUCGUCAGAACUUUAGGAAAUAUGUGUAGUGGUCCAGAUCAACGCGGCGAAGAGGCACUCGGCGGUGGUGUUUUGCUAAAAUCUAUAACGUCACUGCUUUCAUCAUCCUGUCAUCACGUGAGAAAAGAAAGUUUAUGGCUGCUAUCCAACCUUGUUGCUGGCUCAAUGCAGAAUGUCAGCGAUGUGUUGAAUGCAGGUUUACUGCCGGUGGUUGUCCAAAUGUUAGAUGGAGCUUUCGACAUUCGCAAAGAGAGCAUUAUUAUUCUUUUAAACAUCGCACACAAGAGUGAAGAAAAUUUUCGUGAAAUCAUAAAUCUCGUCACAAUCGAAAAGUUCCUGCUACUUCUAAAAUCACAAGAUAACGAACUCUGUUUUUUGGCUUUACAAUUUUUUGAAAUGAUGCUUCGAACUUUCCCUGAAAGUCGCGAGGCUUUCGAAAAGACACAAGGCGUCUCCCAUCUGGAAGCUUUGCAGUAUAACAGAAACGAUCAAAUAUGCCAAUGUGUUAAUGAUUUAAUGACGGCAUAUUUUGACGCAUAAUGAGAUUGUAUAGCUUUUAUACAU